AUGAAACAGUCGACACCACUGUCUGAACUGAAGACGUUAUGUUAUGAACAGUUGGAUGUGAUGUCAUGCAAGAGGAUCUUGAGCAUACUCCGUGGCAUGGACCCGACCGAAAUAUCAUCAACAGAAGAUGAAGAUGAAUCUGUUGGCAAUGCAGAUGACAACAAUCAGUCAUCCACGAAACCAGCUGCUGACAUGAGGACGUCUCAGGAACUGUCUCAACUACAUCAGCAUCAAAAACGAAUGUCACCUUGCAGUCUUCAGAAUCUUCAGCAACAAAUGAAAGGUUCCUCAAGUGAUGGGGGCAAACAGCCUGUUCAGUCUCAGCAACAAAAUCAACAUGCACUUGAAAAAGUUGGUGAUACAAUCAAUGAUAAAGAGCAGCUUAUAAAAUCAACAUCCACUGCAAUGGCGUUCAACGCCUCUUCAACUCCAUCAACAUCGGUGCCUAAUUCAUCAAAAAUGAACAACGCCAAUGGCAAUAACACCAUUAUUGACACCAGCGACACCACCACUAACAACAGCAGCAGCAGCCGCAAGAGUAUCACAUUGAAAACAUCACACGAUCUGAACGUGAUGGAUGAAGAUGAGUUGGACUAUGACGAGGAGGUCGUGCAGGAAGAUGCGAAAACAGAUGCCAGAAGCAAUGCUCUCAAGCCCCAAAACUUUGAAUAUAACAGUACCGUUGCUGAAUUGUUCGUAGACAACAUCAACGAUGACUUCAAUGACGAUGUUGACGACAAGGUUAGUGAUGAUAGUCAUCAGAACAAAGAAAAAAACUUUUCCGACAAAAAUGAUAACCAAGAUGCGAAGCUAUCAACAGUCGAGCAAAAGGUGGAUGAUCGUCAGAUUAUUCAAACCAAUAGUUCUAAUAUUAAGACUUCAAAUGGAUUGUGUAAUGACAAAAGUUCAGAUGCAAAAACUGGUACUUGGACAUCAGAUACGGUGGCUACAAAACAAGUUGUCACCAAAUCGUCAUCCUCCUCUUCAUCUCUCUGUAAAACAUCUUCCACACCUGUUAACUCAAAACAAUCUUCAUCAAAUACUACAACAACAAAAGAACAUGAUACUACCUCACCACCUCCAAUUUCAACUUCAUCAUCAGCAACAACAAACGCCAACAACACCAACAAAAUUGAAAUUGACAAAACUCAGCUGGAAAUUCUGGAGUUGGAGAUGAGGGCUCGAGCCAUCAAAGCCAUGCUGAAAGCACAGGAAGAGCUUGAACAAAUGCAACACAAGCAAAAACAAAGUGCUGAUAAAAAACAAUCACAUUCUAAAUCCAGAGAUGUUGAACUCAGAGAGAGUUCACACAGAAAGAAAGAUAAUGAUGUGAAGAAGCGGAAAAGUUCAUCGAGACAUGAUCAUGGCGACCGUGAUGCAAAGUACACGAGGAAGGUUAGCAGAUUGCCUUCUCCUGCAAACACAACAGAUGAGGCUCCGGUGCAGAGGAUAAUGAUGAGAAAAAUAUCACCACCAGCACCAUCGUCAUCAUCUUCAUCGCAUCGAAGGUUCGAUAGCAUGAGAACAUCAUCAUAUGAUGUCUUAGAGCGUGACUGCAGAAGAUCUGAUUACGUAGAUUACCAUCGUGAUGACUUUAUGGAUGAUGAUGGAUAUCGGUUUAGUCACUAUCGAAACCACCCACGUGUUUAUGAACAGCACCAGCAUCACCAUCCUGAGCAUUUCAGUAGAUCUAGAAUAGUUUACAUGCCUCUACACGACGACCGUGAUGACGACGAUAGAAGGAUGAGGUCAAGAUAUGAUGAUUAUGAUGAUGUUGGUGGGGAUUAUGAUUACUGUGAUGAUUACAGAGAUUACGAAAGACCGAGAGGCUACAGAGGUAGGCCAGCUUGCGUGGGCGGUAGGAGGUCGAGGGACGAUUUCGCUGACGAUCGAUAUGAUGACGAUAGACGGUUCAUUAGGAGAUGAUGAGUUCUCACUCACUGCCAACCAUCGUUAAAACUGUUCUCAUCAAAAUAUCUUUUACAAAAUAUUGUUGGAUUAUAUAAAUUGUCAAAAGCAUUUUUAUUUUGUUUUAAUUAUUUAGUUUCUUUAAUUUCUCCAGCCUGUGAAUUUAUGUGUCGAAUGGGCUAUAUUAUUUCAACGAUGUUUAGAAGUAAAUAAAAAUAGGAAGCAAAUAUUUUAAAAAAUGUCGAUUGAAAAAUUAUUUUAAAUUUAAUUGAAACGUUCUGAAUACGCUGAUUUUUUUUAUUUGAGGUAUAGUGUUUUUUAACUUUGCAUUCUGACUGAAAAUGAAGUUAAGAUUAAAAAAUAU